AUGCAUGAUAUUUGUAAUUACGACACAUACUUCAUUCAAAAGCAUGAUGCUGUUGGAGUUUUAGGUCUUAUCUCGGAGCAAAAACUUACAACUGCUUUGCAGAUGCUUACUUAUGGGGCAUCUGCAGAGCAGGUGGAUGAGAUUGCAAGGAUGGAAAAAUCUACUAUCCUAGAGUGCUUGGUGAGAUUUUGUGAUGCAGUGGAAAAUUUGUACACGAGGGAGUACCUUCGCAAACCCACGCUGAGGGACCUGCAAAGGCUACUAAAACAAGGCGAGGAUCGAGGUUUCCCAGGAAUGAUUGGAAGCAUCGAUUGCAUGCACUGGCAAUGGAAGAAUUGUCCUACUGCUUGGCAAGGAGAGUACGGGAAUCGGAAGGGCCAAAAAAGUAUAAUUUUGGAGGCCGUAGCUUCAUUCGACUAUUGGGCUUGGCAUGCCUUCUUCGGGGUUGCCGGAUCUCAGACCUCAAUGUCCUUGGUCAAUCCCCUGUGUUCGACGAGGUGGACGAAAUUCGUGAAAACAAUUCUGAAUCCCCAAUCCGAGAAGGAAAGAAGCUUUGCUUUCUUUCAAGAAGGUUGCAGGAAAGACGUGGAGAGGUGUUUCAGUAUCUUGCAAGCUCGUUGGGCAAUUAUUAGAGGUGCUGCUCGGAUGCUAGAUAAGGAGGUGCUGCGGAGUAUUAUAAUGACUUGCAUCAUCCUCCACAACAUGAUUGUGGAGGAUGAGUAUGACUACGAUGCUCCAGAGGUGUUUGAACCUGAUCCCAUGAACACGGCGUUGACAAGAAUAUAUGAAAGGCCGAUGGGACCAAAUGGACUACCAAUGGAGCCCGAACCGUUACUUCGGGAUGGUCAAUUCAACAAUCCCAUGAUUGAUCGUUAUCAAGAAAUGCAAUCUUCAUAUGUCCGUCGUCUUGGAAAAGUUUUCUUCUCAUCACAUCCCUUCGUCUUAGCUUCCAAUAAGCCUUUGUUUCAGGAGACAUAUGGCUCUUAUCCAUGGCCAUGA